UAUCAUGUGUUGCUCUAUUUCCAACGUCUAAUAUAAAAAUAGAUAUACACCUCUUAAUAUUCAAAUAAAAUUAGAAUAAAAUAAUGCUGAUAAUCCAUAAGCUUAAAUAACGUAAGUAAUAUUAAUUUCAAACCAUUUAUUUUUCUGUAAAUAGAAAUAUUUGUUAUCGUAUAAAUGUUGAUGAACACUUUCCAUCUAGCCCAGCGGCUCUGAAGCUGUGGGAGGCGACAACUUUGGGGUUUCGUCCGACCCUUACACGGGGUCACCUUAGACCGUCGUACAACACACACUCAUAAAGUAGCAACGAAAAUAAGUUUAUGGGUUUGGGUCACCACAACAUGAGCAACUGUUUUAAAGGGUCGCGACAUCAGGAAGGUUGAGAACCACUAAUCUAGUCUAUUGGCAAGAGAAUGGUACAAUUAAGGCUCUUAGAAAAAUGGAUCAUCAGCAAUGUACAAACCACCCGGGCCUUCAAAACCGCACUCAAAACACAUCACUUUAAACUAUACUACCCUGACUGAUUCCCCUCCUCUGAUCGAUAAAUGAUCUUGUUGGCAGCCGUCCAUGGUUUGCCUUGUAAAAGUCCUGGGGUUCAUUCUUCACUUCAUUUCAUAAUUGUAUUUGAUUUCAAUGUCAUGAUUAUGUCUCUUUUGAUCAUAUUUGUAUGUACAACGCGGUGAGCCCAGCCCUAGGCUGGGGUACAGCGCUAUAAAAGACAACUAAUUAUUGUUAUUAUUAUUAUUAUGAAAAGAGUGCGUUAUGUCAUUCUUAAACCAUUAUCUUUAAUGGCCUCCUAAGUCUACGGGAUUAUUUACGACGUGUUGCAGGCAAAUAAAUAAUUUCUUUGUUUAUAAUUAUUUUAUAAGGUUAAAUAAAAAAUACAUUUUUAUCGCUGAAAUAAAUCUUUGACGCUUCUUCACGUCAUUUCUUAAAAAUGGUUUAUUAUACGCCAACCUGGCAAGUGGCAGAUUAUUCUGACGUCACCGUUGAUUUUCUUGAUCAUCUCUCUCUGUAGGUAGUUUAUAUUUCCAAAGGAUAAAAUAACGCAAGAGAAUUUGAGUAACUUAAACACAAAAAUCAAUUGCUAUCAUUUAGCAAAAAAUAAACGUGUUAGCAUUGAAAUCAAAUUCAAUUAGGUUCACUCAAUGAACGCCACAAUGCAAGUUCAAACCUUUAUUGGUACAUCAAAAACGGAUUAUUUUGGUGAAUGCAUGAUACGGGUCGAUUUCAAGCACACUCUUUUAUAAUACAGAAGAUACAAAUGUUAACAAUAUAAAUACAGACAAUGGAAACGUUGAACAUAUAAAUACAGACAAUGAAAAUGUUGACAAUAUAAAUACAGACAAUCGAAACGUUGACAAUAUAAAUACAGACAAUAAAAACGUUGACAAUAUAAAUACAGACAAUGAAAACGUUGACAAUAUAAAUACAGCCAAUUAAAACGUUGACAAUAUAAAUACAGCCAAUUAAAACGUUGACAAUAUAAAUGCAGCCAAUGAAAACGUUGACAAUAUAAAUACAGACAAUUAAAACGUUGACAAUAUAAAUACAGCCAAUGAAAACGUUGACAAUACAAAUACAGACAAUGAAAACGUUGACAAUAUAAAUACAGACAAUGAAAACGUUGACAUUAUAAAUACAGACAAUGAAAGCGUUGACAAUAUAAAUACAGACAAUGAAAACGUUGACAAUAUAAAUACAGACAAUGAAAACGUUGACAUUAUAAAUACAGACAAUGAAAACGUUGACAAUAUAAAUACAGACAAUGAAAACGUUGACAAUAUAAAUACAGACAAUGAAAACGUUGACAUUAUAAAUACAGCCAAUUAAAACGUUGACAUUAUAAAUAAAGACGAUGAAAACGGAAUACUAGGAUGUUUUAUUAAAAUCUUAAAUGAGAUUUUCCAGACCAUAUGCCCGGGUGUUCUAUUAAUAGAUUUCAGCCAUUAAAUGACAAACCCUGUAACUCACUGACUAAAUAAUAGUUUUCAAAAUAAGGGUUACUGGCCUUUUUAAAGACACAUUCAAGUGUCUAUGUUUUGUUUUCUCUCCAGAAUGCCACCAAUAACUCCUAGUUCGAUGAUCCUUGCCUUCGUGUGCCUCGUAAUCACCAUGCAAUGUGCCGCACCAAGGAACCCUGCCUCCUGGGCAGACGGCACCUCCACAUCACCCGAUGGACACAAGCAGCGACUGCGCCGGGACGAGCUCACGAAAGCUAACACCAGAAACAUCAGAGUCUCCGAAAACUUCAGGAAGUUUCGUACCAAUUUUGCAGAUAGCCAGAAAACGACGAAUGUGUUCAAUAGCGACCUGCGCUAUGAUGACAUCAGUGAACAGUUCCAUCCGGAGAAUGCUUUUAAAUGCCAGCCGUGCGUCUGCAAAAAUAUCAGUUUAAAUUUUGUUCACGUCUUUUGUGAUGACGUCAUGUUUGCAGGUCAUGUCCCUCAAACUUGGCCGGUGGAAAUAGACGCAAUCAUAACAGGUGUAACAUGUUCCGGUAUUGAUGUGUUGGACAGCAGGAGUUUGUUGAUGUAUUCUUCUCUGAGGUACGUCAAAAUCUCGACUAACAGUCUAGCCUCAGUCCUUAGAAGUGAUAUCGUAAAUGUUUCUUCCGCAAUCAUCGAAUUGGAUCUUUCGUGGAACUUAAUAUCAACAGUUGAGGAAAACAGUUUUGUGCUUUUUCCCAAUCUGCAAGAGCUGUCGCUUAGCCAUAACAAAAUAUUAAAUUUAACGAGACAGAUGUUCACCGGACUCUAUAAUUUGCGCUCACUGUCCGUUUCAUAUAACAUUAUCAACUUUAUUGCCAACGACACAUUUGAUGACCUGGGAACACUGGUCACCCUUGACAUUAGCAGGAACCGAAUAAUCUACAAGGGGCAUGACCUAUUGCCCGUUGGUAUUUUCAGCCCUUUGAAAAAUCUAGAACAAAUCUACAUUGAUGACAUCUGCCAAAUUGGAACAUACAAGUGUGGAGCAUACCCUAAUAAAGCCUUACAGGUGCUGACGAAUCUAAAUCUUCUUAAAAUCGAUGGCGCAGAUGGACGUGGUUUAGGAAAGGAAAUUAAGAGCCUUAUACACUUGAGACAUUUGAUAAUAACAUUUCCAGAAGCCGAUAACUCUACUGACGAAUCCUAUUUUGAUAACGUCCCUUUCGUAACGACGCUACACCUGUCAACAAUCAGCCCGUACAUAGAGCCCAAGGCGUACACAAAACUUAAAAACUUGGUUAACUUGACGUAUUCACCCACAUUAUUUUCAUACGCCAAUUUAUGUCAGGUUUUGAGCGACGUUCAAUAUCUGCUGAAUUCUUCUUUGACCCAUUUAACUCUGCGUCACAUCAAUCACCGAUGGUGCGGUUGCAAAGAACUCAGAGCCAGAGAUGCCGAGUACUUAACAAUGUUAAAGCUGGUUGAGCUUGACCUGUCUCAGAACUACCUUGCCUACCUGAGUCCAGAUUUCCUAGCAAUGUUACCAGCAUCGUUAAAGAAGAUUGAUUUAAGUGGGAACGGCUUGUCCUAUACAAUAUUUUACAGUUUUGAUAAAUUCCCGAUUGAACUCGUCGAAUUAAAUCUAAACAACCAGUACAAUGUUUAUUAUCCAUGCCAUGAUGAUGACGGAAUUAUUUCAUGUGACACGGCGAAGUUCUUGAACAGGGAUAGAAAUGCACGUUCCUCAAAUUUGACCUUAAUUUCUACAUUUAAAGAAUCGGGAAAAUCCUUUAAACUUCAAAAUCUCAAACACAAAAUGAAAAAUUGUAAUACAGAGACCAUCGAAGUUUCAAAAGAUUAUCUCCCUCCUAAAUUACAAAUUUUAAGAGGAGAUAAUUUUAGAAUGUUUGGAAAGACCAUGUGGGAUUUCUAUGACGUAAUAGCCAACUACUCACUGAGGGAGUUAAGUCUUGCUGGUGGGGAUUUUAAGACUUGGGCUUCUCUGAGUUUAAUGCCUGGUCUUGAAAUAGCAGAUUUUAGCGGCAACUACGCGGAUUAUUUUAACAUUUUGUUCUUUCCACAGAACAGCUCAUUAAAGUACCUCUCAUUUUCUAACAAUUUAUUGGGAGCUGCUUUUCAAUACGAUACGGACAGUUUGUUUUUCGCAAACACGAAGCGACUUAUUGCCCUUGACAUGUCGAGUAAUUUCAUCACAGAACUGGCCAAUGAUUACUUAAAAAGUCUGGCCGAACUUCAAAUACUAGACAUUUCCAAAAACAAACUUCAGAUGAUAAACAUCAGUUUUGCGCAUAUGACUGAAAUAAGAGUUCUUGACUUUAGUACGAACUCAAUAACAUCGAUAAGUAAGCAGUCUAGAGACGACCUGGAUUCCAUAGCAACCGACCAUCGCGUUUAUCUUGAUUUGACCUCUAACCCAUUACCGUGCACGUGCGAAGGACUUGAGCUGAUGAAAUGGAUGACCUUGACCAAUGUAUUUCUUUUGAAUCAGGAUUUUCUCGUGUGUAGGAAUGAGUACGACCAAGUGUUGGAAAUUGGAGAUCUCGCCCAACGUGUGGAAACUUUACAGCGUCAAUGUGCUUCAAAAACUGUCAUAAUUCUCACCUGCGUUUUUUCUUUUAUCAUUUUCGGUAUUUUGUUGCUCGCUUCCCUGAUGUAUCGAUACCGAUGGAAACUGCGAUAUUUACGGAGCAUAGCUUUGGUGAAACUUGUUGGCUCCAGACCCGGUGCUGUCAAGAUCGGGUACAAAUUCGAUGCUUACAUCAUUUACUCAGACGACACCAGGAGAUUUGUCGUACGCGACUGUGUUCGUGAGCUAGAAGAGAAAAGAGGUCACCGUCUGUGCAUUGAGGAGAGAGACUUUUUACCGGGUACCUACAACGUGUCCAACAUCGUCAGCGGCGUGCAGAACAGUGCCAGGACUGUUGCCAUGGUAACACCGGAGUUUUACCAAGGUGAAUAUUCCGAGUAUGGCGUCAAGAUGGCGCUGAUGGAAGAAAUCUUUAUGCACCGUUCCGUGCUCUUCCUGUGCAUGUGCGAACCAACCGAUAACAGGGAUUUAUCACAUGAUCUGCUCACCGCCUUGAAACAAAAUAACUACAUUGAAUUCCCGCCAAGAGAUGACGCGUCCGAUGAAAUGAUGGACGACUUUUGGAAUCAGUUCUCACGUGCUAUUGGUAGAAGUAUUCGAGAGGAGAUGUGAUUUACAUGGAUUUUAAUUUUGGAAUCAGUUCUCAUGUGCUAUUGGUAGAAAUAUUAGUGAGGAGAUAUCAUUGUAUGGAUUUUAAUUCUGGAAUUAUUUUUUCCACACGCCUUCUGGUCGAAUUAGAAGUGGGCGCCUAAAGUUAACAGUUGGCUGUAGUUAAAUGUAAUAUGCUGUGAAGCGAACCCCGAUCGACUUGGUGUGCUUAAAAAUAUCCAUAAC